AGUGCGUUCAAAGCAAGACGAGCCACCCAAAUUCGUAUCAGCGCGCACGGAACGGAGCUCCAUCACCAAUUCACCACCAUACCCGCCAUGGCGGCCGGUGAUUCCAGCAGACGAGGGACGGCAACCGCGGCCGUCACGGUGCCAGCGGUGGCGCUGAGCUCCGGGAAGCCGAUGCCGCGGGUGGGCUUCGGCACGGCGACGGCGACGCUCGGCCAGGCCGAGGGCCACGCCGUCGUGACGGAGGCCGUCCUCCGCGCCAUCGACGCCGGAUACCGCCACUUCGACACCGCCGCGGUGUACAACACGGAGGCCGCGCUCGGGGACGCCAUCGCCGAGGCCAUCCGCGCGGGGACCAUCGCCUCCCGCGACGAGGUCUACGUCACCUCCAAGCUCUGGAUCGCCGACGCGCACCCCGGCCGCGUCCUUCCGGCGCUCCAGAAGACACUAGAGAAUCUGCGGAUGGAGUACGUGGACCUGUACCUGAUUCACCACCCGGUGAGCCUGCGCCCGCCGGAGGGUGAUGAAGCAGCCUCGGCGGCGUUGGUGGUGAAGAAGAACCUGGUGGCGAUGGACAUGAAGGGGGUGUGGGAGGAGAUGGAGGAGUGCCACCGGCGAGGGCUGGCCAGGGCCAUCGGCGUCAGCAACUUCGCCUGCAAGAAGCUCGAGCACCUGCUCUCCUUCGCGAGGAUCCCUCCGGCAGCUAACCAGGUGGAGGUCCACCCGUACUGCCGCCAGAACAAGCUGAGGGAGUUGUGCAGGGAGAAGGGGAUCCAGCUCUGCGCCUUCUCCCCCCUGGGCGCCAACGGCACGCCAUGGGCCAACACUUCCGUCAUGGACAGCCCUGUCCUCAAGCAGAUCGCCCAGGACAGGGGCAAAACCGUCGCCCAGGUGUGCAUUAGGUGGGUGUACGAGCAGGGAGACUGCGUGAUCACCAAGAGCUUCAACGAGAGUAGGAUGCGAGAGAACCUCGACAUCUUCGGCUGGGAGCUCACCGACGCCGACCACCGGAAGAUCAGUGAACUCCCGGAAUCCAGGGGAAACUACAAUUUCUUGGUGCAUGAAUCCGGGCCGUACAAAACAGUGGAGGAGUUGUGGGACGGCGAGAUCACUGCCGGCCACUGCAUCCCAACGGCGCUUGUUUCGUCUGAUUGAUUAACUAGUACAGAUGCACCCGCCACAGGCACGUGUUUAAAAAACAAAAUUAUUCAAAAAUAAUUGGAUUAUAUCAAAUGAAUUACUAAAAUUAUCAUAAAUAAAUUUGGUUGCGAAAGAGCAUGUGGUCUAGUGGUUACAAAAGCCUCGGUAGUACUUGAGGUUCUGGUUUCGACUCCCCAUGAAAAUAAAUAUUAAUAUUUUGUGAUUUAAUGGCAUUAUACAUUCAGUGGCGCAAA